GUACUCUUCAGCCACCAUGAAGAUUCCUCUUUUUUGUUUUCCCCCUCAAAUACUCACUUUCCUCAAAAAAAGAUUCCUCGGAUCAUCAGAAAUGGCUAUGGCUACACGCGCGAUUCGUUGCCAGUUACCGUCACCGAGAUCUUUAUCUCCUAGAUGCGAAUCAUCGGAACCAAUCAAGCAGAUUCAGAUACAGCAACGACCAAGAGGUGGCGAUUUAGCCGAGAACGGGAAGAUCGUGCUUCAACCAAGGCUUUGUACGCUGAGAUCUUAUGGAUCUGAUAUGGUCAUCGCUAAAAAAGACGGCGGAGAUGGUGGAGGAGGAGGAUCUGAGGUUGAGUUAUCAUCGUCUCCGUUUUUUGAGACGCUUACUGAUUACAUAGAGAGUUCGAAGAAGAGUCAAGACUUUGAAACCAUCUCUGGAAGACUCGCCAUGAUUGUGUUUGCGGCGACGGUGACGGAGGAGAUUGUUACGGGGAAUUCGUUGUUUAAGAAACUUGAUGUGGAAGGAUUGAGUGAAGCUAUUGGAGCUGGUCUCGCCGCGAUGGGAUGCGCGGCGAUUUUCGCUUGGUUAACGAUUUCUCGGAACCGAGUUGGACGGAUUUUUACAGUGAGCUGCAACUCGUUUAUUGACUCGUUGGUUGAUCAGAUCGUUGAUGGGUUGUUCUAUGACACCAAGCCUAGUGAUUGGUCUGAUGAUCUUUAAGUUCAUAAAUGAUAAAUACCACU